GACGUGGGCAAAGAAGGCUUAUCAUUGCUACAAAGUAGUCGUAUCCAAUCGAACCAAUACCCGAUUAUCAUUUUAUCUUAUCGCAUUUACCUGGACGGUGUGUUAGGAGUUAGCAGUGUAAAAAGGGAUUGAAAGUCAAAAUGUUGGGACCUUUGGCCAGAAUUUCAAACCAGUUGGGGAGGAAUGUGAUGCUGAAAUCCGUGAGGAACGGAUCCCAUGGCGGUGUCCCUGGAGAGAACCUGCCAUUCAGCAUCCACAACAGGGCGCGGCUGACGUUCAACUUCUUCUGGUUUGUGGGCACCGCCGUCGGAGCCCCCUUCCUAAUCGUGUUGCACCAGCUGAGGAAGAAGUAAAUGGUAACUCAUCUAAGCACCAAAUAUUAAUAACACAAUGUAGAUUAUUAUUUAAGAAAUUCUCAAUAAAUUAACAGAUUCAUUUAAAA